CAAGGUCGUGGUGAACUAUUUGACCCGAACCACCCAUCCCAGAUAGACACAAUCCAUUUUCGAUUGUGAAGCAGCGUUCUGUAGAGUUAUCUGCUCAGAUGCUACGAAUAUAUACUUCGACCUUUUCCAAAUCAUGGGCGUGUUCAAUUUUUGGAUCAGAAUCGUUUGAUUCUGGCAAAUUAUUCACAAUAAUAUUCGAUGAGACCAAACCUUUUCAAGUCACGCUUGGGUUAAUCCUGGUUUCACUCUGGAAAUUUGGCGUAGUAUUCUGUGAGUCAAAAUGGAAGUAUGCCGAAGAUUUAUCAAUCAGACGGACGUUGUUUUUGUCUUUCUCCUGGUUUUUGUUUCAGCACUGUCGUCCAUUUCCCAUCACUCGGAACGGCCAUAUCGUGACUACUUGGAAUGGUUAUGGUUUUAUCCGAGUCUUCAUUUACCACUUUAGAAUCGAGACCGCCAAUACCCAGUGGUACUUCAUUCCUUGUUUGUUUCAAGGGAGAACAUUUAAAAGAAGUUUGCAACUAGAUGAAUGAGACAUUUCUAUAGAUGGAUGUGUUUCGAUUUCAAACUCUGUCAGGACAACACGGAACUGCAUUUCUACACUCCUAAUUGUAAAUUGGUCCACAUGCUACACAUAAAACUCAACUUAUUGUUCAUUACAGUUGUCAUCACUCGAAAAAAGACACGUUUUUAAUCCCUAUGAGCAAAACUUGUACUGACAACUUAGAAUUUAAAGUAAUUAGUCCCUUUUAUAAAUUUCAAUAUAACAAUGAGAAGACGGAGUUUGAUAUAAAAUACCCUGACAAGUAUAUGUGUGGCCAGAUUGUUCAAAAUGUCUAGCGAAAAUACAUCACAUUUUUCAGAUCAACUCCUUCUUCUCAUUGUUCUAUCGAAACUUUGAAUUCCAUUCAUAUCCAGUUUGUCAGUAAGAACCAUCACCCAACUUUUGCUUUUGUCAUUGAUGAGAGUUGUUAGCCAACGUAUAUUUGAAAGAUUCGGGUGGAAGUUUCAAUUUCCGUUGAGUUUAUACGUCAAGUGUAUGUAGUAGUUCGAUGACAUGCAGUUCAUUCAUAAUCACACUAUUCAGUUUGUGGUUACACUAAUUUAACUCUGUAUAGAAGCGUCUCUUCCGCAUAAAUGUUAAAGUAGUCACAGUCGUCUUCCAUCAGCAACAUUGUAAGAUUUCCCCAAUGCACUACUGGAAUAUGGCACUCCCUCUUUAUCUUCUGGUUUAUUUACGAAAACGCAUUCCAAAUAUUUAUUCUAGUCCUUAAUAAGCUCUGCUUCACACUUGUACAAAUAUAGGGAUGAUGCCUAUUAGCAUGGAGGGUUUCAGUCGUUAACCAUUCAGUGAUAUUCUAACUGUUGAUUUGAUUUCUUGUGAUGGCCUGAGUUUAUUAGUCCAAGAGAUCAGAAAACGCUACCUUACUGCACCCAGGUCAAUAUUCAGAAUAUAGAUCACAUCUGAGUCUUCAAAUAAAGAAACGUACCUGUUGUAACCGCUUCUCAACAUAGGAUUCAAAAUCAAUUUCAACAAGUUAGCACCUGGUAUUUUGAAACAUUGGAAGAAGUCGGCAUCUCUAAUGCAUUAUAUAUAUUUGUGAAUAGGAUAAAAUUAUACUUUAUGAGGAUUGAUAAAUCUACUCAAACUUGAAUCAGUAAGGCAGGUUGCAUAUUUACCACAUAUUUUUUGAAGGCCGAGUGUUUUAGCUGGUGAACCAUUGUUCCUAAUUCCCAGUGCACUCUUUCAAUCUUGUUUUAAAAAACCUCUAAAGUUUUUAUUGAAUGUGGUUGGAUACUAUAUAACUAGACAAUUAUCGGACAAUUUCGACUGUCACAAUACUUUAUAAUUGUCAUAUAUCACUGGGCAUUCUCAUAAGGUCUAUACAGCUCUGUACUGCCUCUGCUCAAACUCAACUCUCAGGAUUUUCUACUACCCAAAGGUCGGAUGAGCGCCGGAAAUCCUACGAAAUACUAUUCUUGUACUGAAAAUUUCUAUCUUAUCAUCUAUUUCAGAUAUUUUGUGUUCUACGCAUCCUUAAUUCCGGUAAUAUUCCAUGAAGAAAAAUUUCGGGUGUGAAACUUGUUGAUGUAGUCCUCACGGAAAACUUCUACGUGAAUUGAUAGACAUAUUAAAAGAUAUAAUUUUUUAGUGUACUGAUCGAUAAUCUCUGUUAAAUUCCGAUUUCUUAUUCCCAGAUUUAGAUAACUGUGCUUUUCACUGGAGAUACUUGAUUAAAAUAAGCUUCCUGGUAUAUUCACCGAUCAAUCAUAUUAACAGUUACAUCAGGCUUCUGUUUGUCAUGAAAAUAUCCGUCUAUCUUUGACUAAUUAACCAGCUAAGUGGCAUGUUAAGUACCUUGUACUAAAUGUAAAAUUUAACACUCUGAAAUUGAUGGAUACGAUUGUUGAAGUUUGUUCAUAAUUAUCAUCUGUAAAUAUUGAUAAAAUACUAAUGAAAUAUAACUGCAGUGAGAAAUUCAUGCGCUAUCUGCCUUCAGUAAACUCUUAUGGUCAAAAUCAAGAUAUCCUGUGUUUCAGUACAGCGAGUUUUCCCUUUUACAAAACUCAUAAUAGGUAUGACUCAGUCGAGCAAGUAAGAAUCCAGUCGGUUUUUGAGUUGCCUUAACUUUCCAAUUAAUUUUAUACCUAGCGCGUAUUCAUCAUACUACUACUAAACGUUUGUUAAUCUUUUUGUCAUUUACUAUUUAAUGUACUAGUUGAUUUUUUUUCUACAGACACAUUUAAAAGGACAAUCUGGAUUAAUUUGUGCCUCAUUUGAAUGGGGGAGCUGGUGGCAAACAAUUCAAGAAGUUUUUAUCGAAAUUCCAUUCCGACAAAUCGUAGACGUGAAGCAAAUCGUAUGUAAAAUUACCAAUAGUACAAUCACUUGUGGUUUUGUUGGUCAGCAGCCAUUGUUAUCAGGUAACUUAUUUAGCCUUAUAAAGGCAAGUGAAUCCACCUGGAGCCUUCAUGAAAAAAAGCACGUAAGUUUCUGUAACACCAAACGAAAUUUCAAACUCAAUAAAGUAAACCCUAACUUAUUAACCGUAAUUAUUUAGUACCGUUAUUAUUCUAAAUCACUCUAUUUGAACUAUACACUGCAAUACAUAAUCUUACGGUGUGGGGAAAAUCGCCCGAACUACCCUCAUAACACAUGUUAUCGUAAAAGUUGAACAAGUCUUGGAACAAGAGGUUGCGUAAUAUGGAUUUAUAUUUAAGGAAAAUGAAAAAGAUUUCGGACCUACAAACUAACAGAAAUCUAUAAGGUUGACUGUCGUCCCACAUCGUAAGUUAAAUAAAAUUUAUUGAUUUAGCAUGAAGAUCUCUUUUCGGCAAUUUCAUUCUUAGAGCUGUAAAUUCUCAAAUCUAUAUUUUUCUACAACGAUAAUUGGUUACAUGCUACUCAAUUAUAGCAGUAAUUUCUUGAGGGCAUUCACAUAUUAAACAAAAGCACAGAGAUGUUAUCUUUACUAAGAGAUUGAGAAUGUAGUUGUUAAGAGCUUGAACAGGCAUUAAGAAUGGUGUAGAAAUUAGACGAAGCCUCUUAAUUACGUAAAUCGGUUCUGAAACGUAGUUAAUUAGUUCAUGAGGAUAUUUGUUUUCUCCUUGUUGAUAUAUGCAUUAAUAUUCACCAAUUUUCGUUAACACCGAAACUGGAAUAUUGUAUGUCGAGUUAUUUUGCAAAGUUUCCCUAAAGACAUAGAAAUAUGGUAGUUCGAGUGUGCUAGUGAGCUGAAAGCUGCAGCUGUAUUUACCAACUACUGAAAGCUGUUUUACCUUAUCCUAGCCACCCACAGCGGGCAGUCAGGUUUCAGCGAAGCAAAUUGUGUAGCUAAUGAUACACAAUUUAGUAACAUUUAAAUGCGUCUUAAAAGAUGGAUUGAGUUUUUUGUCGAACAGUUCAGCAUUUAUGCUGUCCCAUCAGUGUCGAUCGAAUUGUUUUGUCCUCCCUGACCGUCGAUGACUGAGGCACUUAACGAGGGACUCCGAAUUACGAAGUAUCGUAAGUCAUCAGGUUCAGAUGGUCUUCCAGGAUCUUUUAAAAAUGGUAAUUAAGUUCUGGUCAGAGAACUGACUGCGUUGUUUGGAAGAAUUCAAGAAACAGAAUGUCCUGACACUAAAAUGAAACGAGCAUCGUCUCCAUCUUUGAAAAGAGGCUAGAUAAUCUGUGCGACAACUAUCGGGGUAUUAGUCUACUUUCAUCGGCGUCCAAACUAUUGGUUUCUGUCAUACUUCACAAAUAAUACAAAACCCACAAACGGCUAACUCGUCAGGAGCUGGCUUGUUUUCGUUCUUGUCUUGGAUGAACUAAUCAUAAAAUAGCACUCCCCCAAAUGUUAGAGCAGCACAAUAUUUAUUUCAAACGAACAAUCAUUGUGUUGCUUAAUGCUAGGGGCGCCUUCAAUUCGUUGAACGAGACUGUGUUCUGUGAUUAUCCGUUGAAGUAGGCUGUGCCCGAGUUUAUGCGUGUCUUAAAUUCUUUGUAUACAAAUGCCUCAGCGAGGUGAUAUAAUCAUCUCUCUUCAUUGUUCCAUUCAACCAGUGGGGUUAGGCAGGGUUUCACAGUUUCACUACUCUUCAACUUCGCCAUCGAUUGCAGUACCGAUGGAAGUAAGUAGUGAUGAUACUGAUCUGUCUCCUGGAGAAAGACUUUAUCCUGAAUAUACGGAUUGUACCACAUUGCUGUGGGAUUAUAAUGAAGCUAUGCCGACCGCAGUUACUCAUUUGACAAUGGUAGCGUACAGUAAAAUGUAGAACGGCUUAUAUAAGUCUAAGCCAUUUUCGUACCGUCAUGAUGUUAUUCUGGGUGUUAGAGGAUAAGUUUACAAUGUGUUAGUGAGAGUACUUUUGGUUUAUGUUUGUAAAACCUGGCAUCUCAGUGGUAGAGAUGUUAGACGACUCUCUGUUUUCAAUCCUCAUUGUAUCCGAAGGACUGCUAACAUUGAGUGGGAACAUCAUGUUAGUAAAUUUGAGGUUCGGCAAUGUGUCCAGGUACAGUGACAAUAAUUCGAUUGGUAUUACCACUUCGAAACACCGGUCUCAGUGUUUUUGUAUGUGUGCUACGAACUUGAUCCCAGUGGCUUCCACACUGGUUUAUUUAAUAACAACAAAAAUGGAUGGCGAGGUAGUGAUUUUGAUUUUAUGUUUGGCGCCUUGGUAUAGAAUUCGUUAUGUUUAGCAUCUGCCUGUUUAUCAUGACUUUGGUUGGUGUCCUAGAAAUGAUGCGAAUUAGUGGCUUGAAGCGUCCUUCUUGAGUGUCUUGUUAUCUAAAAUAUAUAUUUUAGUCUACAUUAAUCUCGAUCACUCAUCUUUUUUUAUUGUACUUCCCUUCCCUUUAUUUCUUCACAAUACUAUUUCCUUAUUUGUAUGGGACAUGCCUUUUUUGUUGCCUAUUUGUACCAGAAUUAACGCAUAUUAGAUAAAGUAGGAUUCUACGUAUAAAACCGACAACUUGUAGAGAAAUGUUGGAUUACUGGUUGUGAUCUGAUUUUUCACCGCUUUAUUUGAAGUAUGAUAAAGUAAAUUAGUGUAUUUUUCUAGUACUGUUGUAUAUUAUUCACUAUAGAACUGCAUCAAUUUUUCAGUACUUUUUUAUAUCAUUGGAAGAUUUAUCAACUGAAAACAAAAGCCUAUUAGAAAUAUCAUGUAUAAAUUUUGAUAAACAAUGCAGACUUUAGUACUGAAUGACCGUAUUUGUAUUUUACUUCCUUAUGUUCCAAAUUUUCUGGUUUCAUUAUCAAUCGAACAGAUGAUAGAGAUACGUAGAAGUAAACCUUGUUGAAGUUGACACAUGAUAGUUUUCACUUUGAAAUACACUAUUUGAUGAAAGUUUUAAGUCUUAUUCUUGUUGUGUUGGUAUAUGAAGUACAUUUAUUUUUUCGAGAGAAAUAUUUCACAACGGUUCAUUGUAGUAGAAUAAACUUAUUUUAAACGCCCAUUUUAUCAUUGUUUAUUCUAUCUUGUAGAUGGUUAUGUGUCUGAUCAAAGCUAGUCCAGGUACCUGUUGGCAUUCUUUAAUGACCGAUAACUGGAAGGCGGAUCCACUAGUUCUUGAUGAAAUGGAACGAAACCUUACCAUUCAGCGACUACAAAUAGAAAACCCUGGUAUGGACUUUAGCUCAGCCGACAUAUCUGGAAACUAUCGUAACGGUGGACCAAAAUUUCCUGCAUGAUUUCAACUCAACCUACUGUCAUCUUUUAAAUAAAGAUAAUUUCUGUCAAUAUCUCCACUUUUAUUCAAUGUAUAUGUGCACUAAUUCAUAGUAAUUAACGUACAUUGUCUUAUAUUUCAGAAUGUGGAUAAAACCUUGCUUAACCGGACUUUUGUUCGAAGUUCUGUGUCGGGAACACUGAGGUGCCCUGAAACUAGAACCGAUGCGUCUCCAAAAGUUAAAGACCUUAAUCUCUCUGGCCAAGAAGUAAAAAAUUUCUAUGAAUCACUUACACAGUGCGUAACUCAAAAGUUGGAAUACUCGUCACCCGAUUCAAAUUUAUGUAAAUGUUCCGUAUGUGGUGGCUCUUUUAGUGAUUUUAAGAAACACGUUUCAUCUAUUGGUCAUCAAAUGGCUGAGAUAUCAGAAAAAAGUUCGAAACCAUCGCCGCUGUUAAUUCCUCCUUCAAAUAAAGGUUAUCAACUUUUAACUAGAAUAGGUUGGCGUGAUGCUGCCCUCGAUCCAGGAUAUGAAGAACUGAAGACUUCGAAAGUACAGUCUGGCAUUUCAACUAACGAGUAUAAAUCACAUUUCUGCAUUAAAAACGGUGGUUUGGGUGCUUCCAGACCAGGUCGACGCUUUCCUGUAGCAACCGUUUUAAAACGCGAUCGUCUCGGUUUUGGAUGGCCAAAUAAAACAAAUACUGCAAGAAUUACACAUUUCAGCGCAGGUGAUUCAAAAGCAGUUGAAUAUCCCAAAGACGUGAGACGACUUCGUCACUCAUCCAUUAAAAUGGACUCGAAAUAUAUGAUAAGAAAAAUGAAUUUAGAAAAGAAGAAAGAACGUAUUAUAAGACAAGGGUUUAAUUUGACUGAUGAACAGUUAGCUUUGCUCUAUGACAAAUGAACUUUUGAAUCAUUUCAUAUUAAGUAUAGUUAUUUUCUUCAGUAUAUACUGUACAUAAUUAUCGAAUUUAUUUAAAUCUAUGUUCCAAUUUUUGUCAAUUCUAUGUUAAGUUGGUUACAUUAUUUGCUGUCAUUUUGUUGAAAUCUAAGUAAAGUGAGACAAUAAUCCUACGUGCUGAUGUUUGUGGAAAUAAAAUCACAGCAUGCCUCAAUUUAAAAAAAUAUCUUAGUUAAUAAAGUAGUCAUUUAUUUAAAACUUAUGGGAAACAUAUACACGCAACAAGAUUCGGGAUAUGCGUUCACGCCUAUUGAUGUUCUAUACCUUGUGAUGUGUUACAAAUAGUUACCCUAAGGUGCUUUUUCGAAUAAGACCAACAGUGUCUAAAUGUGAUGAACAUAGGCCUUCAUUUAGUCUACCCUAUCACUUUAUUCCGAUUUUUGACUUUUCCAAGGUGUGUGAAUGAAUUUCAUCCUUGUCGAGGGAGUUUUCCUGUGGCUGGUGCUGAUUUCGUACUAUAUAUCCAUGUCGUCGAACCUCGUAACCUAAAAUUUCAAGGGUCUUGAAGUAUAUAUUAUGCAGUUCUCGCAGCUCAGUUUUUUAGAGUAUUAAACUAGAAACUAUUAUGACGAAGUUCAUUUGAUCAUAUUUUGUCUAACAUUUUUUGUUAUAAAUCAAACAGCUUGAGAUGUUAUUAGAAAUAGUUCACAGUCUAAUUAAUCAAAGGCUGUGUUGAAGUUCCCCAUGAUCUCCAUACUAGGCAGUUAAGCGUACUUUUAGGCCAUUGGUCAAUAUUUUGACUUGCAAUCGUAAAAUUCAUACAGAAAUCAUUUGAAAAAUAUUCUCAUGUUCUUUAGUCAAAACAUUCGUCUGAGAAACCAAACGGUGACGUGUGUGUUAGAAAUUAAGCCGUUUAUUGCUAGUGUCUUUUUUUGAGGUCCAAACAUGACUCAGAUGUUAUAGGCUAAAUUCAAAACAAUUAUUGAUAAUUUCUGAAUAUACGGUUUAAUCACCCAUAUAAAUGCUGAAUGAGUCAUUCUCGUUUCGUAAAGUUAAUUCCUAAUCAUUACCUCAAGUGGAUUUCUAAAGUUGAUAGAAAUGAUCCAACUGGCCGGUCCAUCUACUGGCAUAGUUAGCAAUUUUUUCUCCUCUGUUAAAAGAGCAUUCA